UAGGGUUUGGGUUUUUGUUCUUUAUUUUUCCCUCUUUGUUUUGGGCUUCAGAUUUUGGGAGGGAAGUAAAAAAAAUUCAAUCCAAGUGGAAAAUUUGAAAAGGAGAGUUUCAUUUAUGAAGGGAGUAUGGUUAAUAAAUUUUGAAAUUUGAAUUUGAAUGGUAGAAGUACGAUUGGAUGUAGAAAAAGGAAAGAUGAUGAUUGUAUAGUGGCGUGUAGAGAGGGAGGAUUUAACUGGUUAUGAUGUUCAUACCAUAAUAGGAUCAGACUAGGGUUUAUAUUAAGCGCCGUGAAACUGAUGAUAAAAUUCCACUUGUUGUUCUUGUUUAUGUGAUUCUUCCGACAGUGAAGACGAAACUUGAAACAUGUCGGGAUCUGACAUGGCAAACAGGGAACCGUUCACCGUUGGGAUGCACCAACACCAACACCAACACCAACACCAACAUCAACACCAACACCAACACCAACCUCAACUCCAUCAAAACAUGCGUUUGGACUAUGCUCCUGACGGGCCUGUUUUCGCCCCUCCUACUGUCAACAUUAACGGCACGGAAACCUCUCCAGCAGCGUUGCCUCCGGGCCUGGGCCUGGCCCAGCCCCAGCCUCAGCCCCAGCCCCAGCCCAUGGUGGGUAGCAACUCUGAACCGCAAAAGAGAAAGAGGGGCAGGCCCAGGAAAUAUGGGUCUGAAGGUGCCAUGGCCUUGUCCUUGACCCCUAACCGUCCUUCUGGUGCUGCCGCCGUGCCGGUUGGCCAGUCCGGCGGGGCAUUUCCGCCUUUGGAUUCCGCCUCGGCUGGUUCCGGGAAGCGCAGGGGCAGGCCUCGUGGUUCUGUCAACAAGAAGACUUCAAAGUUUGCUGGAGCAGCAUCUGAUUUUACUCCGCAUGUCAUUACCGUGAAAGCUGGAGAGGAUUUGUCAGCAAGAAUUAUGAGAAUUUCCCAGAGUAGUCCAAGAAAUAUUUGCAUCUUAACAGCAAAUGGAUCCAUAUCUAAUGUGACUCUUCGACAACCUGACUCAACUGGUGGAACUGUAACUUACGAGGGACGAUUUGAGAUCCUAUCACUUGGUGGUUCAUUGUUUCAAGUUGAAAAUGAUCAGAGUGGAAGGAUGGGGGGACUGAAUGUGUCCUUGUCAGGACCAGAUGGCCGUGUGUUGGGAGGCGGAGUGGCAGGUCUCUUGAUAGCUGCUUCCCCUGUUCAGGUGGUGUUGGCCAGCUUUGUUUCAGAUAUUCGGAAGCAAUCCAAGUCUGCAAAGAGAAUGGAAAAUGCAUCUGCCCCAGCAAAGGCUUCCACAGCAGGCCAAAGCAGCUCACCAUCAAGGGGCACUCUCAGUGAGUCUUCUGGUGGAGCUGGGAGUGGUAGCCCGCUAAACCAAAGCACAGGAGCAUGCAACAACAACAAUAUCAACAACAGCAUCAAUAAUAAUACCCCAACACAAGGCUUUUCAGGCAUGCCCUGGAAGUAAACUUGACUUCUCUCAUUGCUUGUUAUGAUGCUAUUACCUGUGUCUCUCUCCUAUGCCUUAAGCAUUGAGGGGACACUCAUGUUACAUUAGUUUUGUGUAAUAUUAGUUGGAGGAUGAACAUUUCAGGGAUGAUACAGUUUGUGCUCUCUUAGCUUAAUUUAGUUAGAUAUUGCGAAAGAUUUGUCCUUAGUCUAUCUAUCUGCACUUGGGUGAUUCAAGAGGAGCAGACAGGAUCGGGAUGUGUUCUAGGAACAUGUAGGAUCUGAUCAUGAGAUGGCGGUGACUUUGUCAUCCCAUAUUGUAAUUUGUCGGUCCUUUCAGCUGAAACUUUCUCCUUGCUACCCCAGUUGUUCGGUGGUAAUAAUACUUUAUUUAAUCUUUCACCCUA